GUCGCGUGCACGCCGCUGCUGUGUGUUUUUAGCGUGGAAGAAGACGAAGUCCGCGACUCGCUGUUCAGUUCCUUCUGAAUGCCAGCGGCUUCAAGUUCAAGACAACAAGGCACCUGCCCGCCGAUCGGUGCAGCAGCGGCUGCUGUUUGAGUGAGUGUAACUUACCAGGCAGGAAGGGCGGGUGAGUCCGCGCCACCGAGCUGUGAGCAAACAUGGGCCGGCUGGAUGAUGCUGCCAAGCGCAAGGUGGUGGAGCUGCGACAGGCAGGCCUGAGUUUCCGCAAGAUCAAGGCCGUCCUGGAGCUGGAGAACAUCAAGGUGUCCGCCCAGGCCAUCUACCUCUUUCUGAAGGAGUUCCAGGGGAAGGUCAGGCCCGAAGAAGCAGGGCCCGGGGGUGCGGUGGUGCCGCCGAGCGCGGAAGCAGGGACUGCUAAUGCUGGGAGGCAGACAGGGUGGACGGACCAGCAGCUGUGCACAAUGAUGAGGGAGGGGCCACGUGGUAUCAGCUAUGCUGCCUCUGUGAAUUCUGUGCUUGCGCGGACAAGGGAUGCACCCACACCCUUGGGCUCCACUGGUACCAGCGGCACAGCGGUUCAGGAUGAGGAGGGGAUCCGAAUUGUAAGUGUGACCUCGCUUGCCCGUGGUUCCCAGCCUGAAGGGGGCCCCCAGGCAGCUGCAGCUGGACCCUCCGCUGGCCCGUCAACAGGUGGAGCUGCGGCGAGGAGAAAAAUCCUCCUGUCACCAGUGUCCAACUGCAUCCUGGCAGCUCGCAGGAGGCUGCUGGACAAGGCCCUGCUCCACAAGGCUCGGAUAAGAGAGAUGGUUCCUGUGUCUGGCCAGCCGGUGGCGGCAUUGUGUAGAAGGGACCUGUCUUGCCAGGCAAGUUCUGAAGCUCGGAAAGUCUCUAUAUUGACUCAGAGUCCGUCCUUUGGCCUAAACCCACCUCGACCUGCUCUUACGCAGAGGAGCCGCCCCGGAGCCCCUGCUGCCAGUCCUGCCCGGCGGAUGUUCCAGCAGCGGGCUGGGCUGUCAUUCCGCUCCCUGCACCCACCUCUCCAGAGGGACCCGCUUUCUUGUGCUGGAGUUCGUGGGAGCAACCCUGUGCCAUCUCCUCCUGCUGCCCAGGGUACAAGCAUGAGUGGCAUCAGAGCACAGCAGCCCCCCAACCAGCCCCCCAGUGCCACCCCACAGAAACAAGCCCCAGAACCAGUGGUCCGGUGUGGGCUGCAGGACCAGGUGCAGACUCUGGGAGCAGAGCUCCGAAACCUGGGUGCUGCCAUGCAGCUGCUGGCAGAGCAGCAGGGGCGCCUGGAACGUGAACAGGCUGCACAGACCCAAGUGCAAAGGCAGAUCCUAAGUACGCUCCAGGGCAUUGCCUCCAGGCUGGGCCCUGCAGCUCAGCACCACAGCAGAACCCCCCCACCCCCUGGAUCCUCCUCUUACAGCCAGAGCUCCUUUGUUCCCACGUCAUCCAAUUACAGCCAGGGCAGCCCAGCCCAGUCGAAGUCCUGUGCAGUGGACAGCUCUGGCCUGUGUGCUCUGGAGACCUUCAAACUAACAGGCCUGAGCCCUCAGGCAGUGAAUGGUUUUCCAUCGUGCAGCAGUGAUGCUCCCCCUCUGAGUACCGCAGCCACGUUCUCACAGUCACAGACCCAUACUGUGGCAUACACACAGUCGCAAGCGACAGCAUACAGCCAGUCAUACAAGCUGUCGUGCAAGGAGGAGCGCCACCCUGAGCCUUUAGACCCUCUGCACAACUGCAGUCUGUCAGCUCGAUCCUCCACCAAUGCAGGUUCGCCUGUCUCCUCGUCACCACAGGACCCACAGUUCACCAUCGUUAAGGCAGAGACACUCUGAAACAACAGUUCAGUUUACAGUGGGUUAUAUCAUAUGUGGCUAAAGCCAUUCAAGUUUAAGAAACACACAAAAAUUGUCUUACCCACAAGAGACUGUUUUGAUGUCAAUAGGCAAAAACAAUAUUUAACAUAAUGCAGAUGUUAAGUGGGUUGGUACCAACAGGACUGAAGAAUCUUUUGUCUAGACUGUUUCCCCACAUGCCUAGGUCUGCCAGCAUGUUCUAAAGUAGAUAAAGAUCUAUAUGGUCAAAGACUCUUCCAGCACUCAUGGUCAUUUCUGCGUUUUAUACUGUGUAAAUUCCUAUUCAAUCUUUUAACUGUUUAUAAAGCCAGAUUUGGUUACUUGGAUAAAAGCUGGAUGUUAAAAAUAUUAAUGUGCAUCUUUGUUUAUCAAAUGUUUUACACCUAACCAUACUGUAGGAGAAAAGACCUCUUGGAGCACCCUUGUAUAUUUCAGCAGUGUCACUGUGCCACUGUGUUACAUUCACAUGAAUUUUUGAAAAAAAAUUUUCUGUUAGUUUCUUCUUUGCUUUAUUUCUCCCUUUUUAUUAACAAAAGAACAGCACUAGGUCAAAGUAACAUGGAGACAAUUUCCGAAAUUUCUGUUGCAUAGCAAACACUAUCUUCAUUUCUACACCAAGAUAUAAACUAGCAGGAAAAUGUACCAACCAGAUGAAUCAUGUGGGUCCAAAUUAAUUCAACUCACUUCCGCAAGUGUUUACAGCUUGUGUUUGCUGUUCCUAGGUGUUGGUGAUCAAUAGCAAGGUGAGAAACAUUGCACAUUUAGCCUUACAGAAAAUUUUUGAUUUAUUAUAGUUAUCCAAGACUUUUAGAGAACCUACCUUAGUCACGGCACAUCUUUUUUUAUUGAAUAAUAAAGGAAACUGAAAGUGGCCAGAUGCUGACAAUUGUGGCUCAUGCUUAUAUAAAUCAACUGACAGUUGAUGUUGGAUGUUUUGUAGAUGACAUAUUUUUCAGUUUUAAUAACAUGAAAGUAAACAAUGUUUAAAGUGAAUAAAACUUCUGCAAGGGGUUGGUAUCUCAUCCAUGAUAUAUCUCACUUCACACCCUGUAUUUCAAGGAUAAGCUCUGGAACA